CACUUCAUCACGUGACUCGAGUCUUGUGACAGUGCGGCGAGCAGGAAAAACCGUCGCUCGAGUUUGAUAAGGAGUUUCAGUCGAAAAGUCGUCCAGAUUUCUCUCAUAAGCGAGAGAAAUAAAGAAAAGUUCGCUAUGGCUCAUCUUUAGGACCGUUGGCCGUCUUAAUAACCAUUCCUGUCCCUCGCACAGAGCGGGCUGACGUCGCGUGGGGAGAGUGGAGGAACUUUCGGUUUGAUCUUUGUUUUGGUUUGUGUUUGUUAGUUCAGUGAUCGUCCACGUUAAAGGAGCUCGGGGAGAUUUCUUGUUAAUUUGCUGAAGUGCACAGCACGCCUCAGACCGGAUAUGGAUACUAAACCUCUUCUCCAGGACAGACCUCCAGCCUACAACACAGUCCCAGCCGCCUACGACUACGGCUCGGUCCCCGCGGCGGGCUUCCAGGCUCCGGCCCCGCCGCCCUACCAAGGUUUCCCAGCAGCCACCUCAGGUUUCCCAGCGGCCCCGGCCCCGGCCACCAGCCAGCCAGCCUACACCAACACCUACACCAUCGUGCAGCCCUCCGUGGUGGUGGUGGGGGGGUGUCCGGCCUGCAGGGUCGGCGUGCUGGAGGAAGAUUUCACCUGUCUGGGAAUCAUGUGUGCCAUAUUCUUCUUUCCUCUGGGAAUUCUCUUCUGCCUGGCCCUGCGUCAGAGGAGAUGUCCAAACUGUGGAGCCACAUUCGGCUAGAGGGACCAAACCCUGUCGUCUUUGUUGUCGUUUUUUUAACUCAGUUUUAAGCAUCAGCAUCAUUUAUUUGUAAUCACUGCACACGAAUAAUGCCAAACGUCGCUUGAAUGACAGAUCACAGUAGUAACCAGCCACAAACUCUUUGAUUAAUACAAGAUGUGCAUGUGACGGGCUGUCCAUGUUUUUUGUUUUUACAGGCCUCGCAAGCACUAUUUGCUGAUUGUUUUUGUUCUUUAUAUAAAAUCUUAAUGCAGUCAUCUAAUCACUAGUGCCUUUAUGACGGCAGAGAAAGCAUAAACUAAACGAGCCGGGACUCACUGAGGGUAAAACCCCACACCACUCUGAACAAAAGCAGAGUAACUGUGUGUGUGUGUGUGUGUGUGUGUGUGUGUGUGUUGAUUUGAAUUCCAUCACAGAACGUUUGCUCUCGUGUCUAGAAGUAAGCAUUUCUGUCGUUCAUUUUGUUUCUGUUGACUAUAAUAUGCUCCCUGAUCAGUCACAUCUUGAGUCAAGAUCAAAAAGCAUUUUCUGUAUUCAUUUUGAUUUAAAAA